AUGAUUUUCCUCAACCCAUUCGCUUGCUUUGCAAUCUCUAAAAAAGUGGCGGCUUGUGCUAGCGAAGAUGGUGUCGGCAGCUAUAGCACCACCGAAACCACUCCUACAACCUAUGUAAAGAAGUUUUCAUGGGAGGAGAUAAAGAAACACAGCAGGAAUUUCUCCAGGGUUAUCGGCUCCGGCGGGUUCAGUACUGUCUUCCUUGCUCAACUUCCAGAUUCCGGCUUCACCGCCGUCAAGAUCCAAUCGGCUUGCACCGAGCGGCUAGCCGGGAUUCACGACCAAGAGCUUCAAAUCUUGCUCCGGCUAAAACACCCAAACAUCGUCAAGUUUCUUGGACACUGUGAUGAUAGAGAAGAAGAGCGUGUGCUUUUGUUUGAAUAUGCAUCGAAGGGUACUUUACAUGAUACGCUUCACGGAUGCAACACCCAGACGCUGACAUGGAAAGCCAGAACAUCGAUCGCUUUCCAGCUUGCGGAAGCUUUAGAAUAUCUUCAUGGGAUGCAGAUUAUUCAUGGAGAUAUCAAGGCUUCUAAUAUACUUCUAGACGAACAAGAAAAUUGCAAACUUUGCGAUUUUGGGUCAGCUAAAUUAGGGUUUACUUCCAUGGUUUUACCUCCAUCUUCAACGAAGAGGAACAGAAUGAUAAUGGGUUCACAAGGUUACAUCGAUCCACAUUAUAUGAAAACUGGAUUAGUUUCAAAGAAGAACGAUAUUUACAGCUACGGGAUUGUUCUUCUAGAACUUAUUACAGGGAGAGAAGCGUUUAGUUUGGAGAGGAAGGAAACGUUGGUGGAGAUUAUUGGUCCGGUGGUGAGAGGGGUGGUGGGAGUUGAAGAGGUGGUGGAUCCACGGUUGCGAGGGGCGGAUUUGAAAGAGGUGAAGGCUAUGGUUUCCAUGGCAGAGAUGUGCAUUGGUUCUUCACCCAUGGUUAGGCCUUGUGCAAACGAGAUUGUAGCAUCCAUGAGAGACAACUUUGAAUCCAUUUCUCAUUUGUAA